AUGGUCUGUCAGCUCCACGUCGGCAUGAUGGAGCGAGUCACGGACAACGAAGCUGUCUCAGAGACAUUCGCAGUGGCCAAUGGAGUGAAGCAGGGCUGCGCCCUGGCGCCUACCCUCUUCAGUCUCAUGUUCUCUGUCAUGCUGAUGGACGCCUACCGUGAUGAACGCUCCGGGAUCCGCAUCACCUACAGGACGGACCGCCAACUCCUCAACCACCGACGGAUGCACUUCCAGUCGCGUGUGUCCACAACUGCCGUUCAUGAACUUCUCUUCGCCGACGACUGUGCCCACAACACCACCUCAGAAGGGGACAUGCAGAGGAGCAUGGAUCUCUUCGCCUCCUCCAAACCCUGA